UUUCUACGUGUAAUUAAGUGACUGAUACCCGUAUUCCAAUACUUAUUUUUACUAUUAUAAACCGAUCCAUGGACUCAGAAUGAGAAUUUAGGACUGUCUUUUCCAAUCAGUAUAAAAAUAUUGCUUUCGUUGGCAUUGGUUGUCGUCUGUUGUCAUCUGCCAUGGAGAAUGACACGUUAAUCGUGCGUGGUGUUUGUCAAAGUCUAUUGUCACUAAUCGUUUGUGAAUCUAUCGAUCAUCGUAGAGCGAUAGGUUUCCAUCACUCUUCCAAUUUUGUAUUAAAAUAUUUUCCAACCUCAAAAUGAAGUCGUGUUCGGUACAAUCGAUUCCAAGUGUAAACUCGGCGGCGUUAUUCAUUUGCACAAGCAUGGUGCUUAUGUUGUGUCGUGUAGCGGGAAGCUUCGAAAAUGAUCGUUCGAACGAUGAAUCUUUUCACUGCGGACAGGGAUCGAGCAGACAAACGAAACAGACGGGCGAAACGGAAGGCUAUUGUCCGGUGACGAACAAUGCUCCCCGCGUAUUCGCGAGAGAAAACAUCGAUCGCGCUGAUCGAUUGGAAAAUAUGGCUCGGAUAGAGGCAGGCACUUUCGCAAUCGGAACAAAUGAUCCAGUUUUCGUGGCUGACGGCGAAGCACCGAAACGACAAGUACAUCUCGAUAGUUUCUACAUAGAUGAAUUGGAAACGAGCAAUCGCGAGUUUUUAGCAUUUGUCGACGCGACUGACUAUCGAACAGAAGCUGAAACGUUCGGCGAUUCUUUCGUGUUCGGAGGUCUGUUGAAAGAAGAAAUCAGAGCAAAUAUACCGGAAGUCGUUGCUCGUGCUCCUUGGUGGUUACAGGUAAAAAACGUGAGCUGGCAGCAUCCAGAAGGACCCGAUACUAAUAUAACACAUAGGAUGGAUCAUCCUGUUGUUCAUGUAUCGUGGAACGACGCAGUCGCCUAUUGCGAAUGGUUAGGGAAAAGGUUACCUACGGAAGCAGAAUGGGAGGUAGCCUGCCGAGGAGGACUUUCCGAUAGAUUGUACCCUUGGGGAAAUAAAUUGAUUCCGAAUGGUCAAUACAGAGCGAACACGUGGCAGGGCGAUUUUCCAAACAAUAAUACUAAAGAAGACGGAUACGAGAGUACGUCACCUGUUACCGAAUUCCCGCGAAAUAAAUAUGGGUUACGUAACAUGAUAGGGAACGUUUGGGAAUGGACGUCUGAUUGGUGGACGGUCGACGCUACGAAACGUGGUGGGCCCAUGAAUCCUACUGGUCCACCACAUGGCACGGACAAAGUGAAAAAAGGUGGUUCGUACCUUUGUCACGAUAGUUAUUGCUUCAGAUAUAGAUGUGCCGCGCGAAGUCAAAAUACACCCGACACGACGGCUGGUAAUCUUGGUUUCAGAUGCGCUUUAUCCAUCUAAUUUAAAAUAAAAAAACGAUUGAUUCCUUUCCGAAUAAAUAA